AGGGGUGGGGAAAACCUUGAGGGGCAUGGCACUAAACCUCCCACAGCCAAUAAGAAGUUGACUGACCUCAACAUUUAGCACCAUAGUGUCCAGAUCUUCCAGCUGUUUGAUCUGGGCACUGAAUGAAUAGAACUUUUCAGCACCACUUUAGUCACUGGAAACAGAUGAGGUCUGCAGUCGAGGUGCCACCGGCAACUUUUGGACUGUCACAGUGGAUAUAGAUUCACAGAUCACUUCUGGAGUAUCUGUGAAACAUAUGCAGUGAUUUUACUUUUUAUUUUAUACAUAUUCAGAGACACUCAGUCCAAUUCAAUGAUGUCUGCAGAGUGUUAACGUGCCUCCGAGACUGCUGUUUAUCUGCAGAGCUCUUCUGACCCCAUUCAAGAGCUCCUGCCAAGGUCCUCAUAUCUGUAAAGCGUGUUGAAAUUGAAGAGGAGUUCUGUGAGUGAAGAUGGCACCUGCUGUCGGUGGUCCUGUAGGCUACACACCACCUGAGGGUGGCUGGGGGUGGAUGGUGGUAGCUGGGGCCUUCAUCUCUAUUGGCUUCUCCUAUGCAUUCCCCAAGUCCAUCACUGUCUUCUUUAAAGAGAUAGAGGCCAUCUUCAAUGUGUCCAGCAGCCAAGUGUCCUGGAUCUCUUCCAUCAUGUUAGCAGUAAUGUACGGCGGAGGUCCUAUCAGCAGCAUACUGGUUAAUAAAUAUGGAAGUCGUCCUGUUAUGAUGGCAGGUGGAUGUCUGUCUGGACUCGGCCUUAUUGCUGCAUCUUUCUGCAACUCUGUUCAAGCACUGUACUUUUGUAUUGGUGUGGUGGGAGGUUUGGGAUUGGCCUUCAACCUCAACCCCGCCCUCACUAUGAUUGGAAAAUACUUCUACAAUAGGCGCCCUAUCGCCAAUGGAAUUGCCAUGGCUGGCAGCCCCGUCUUUCUUUCCACCAUGGCUCCUAUAAACACCUGGCUGUUUGACAAGUUUGGCUGGAGAGGAAGUUUCUUGAUCCUGGGUGGCUUGCUCUUUAAUUGCUGUGUCGCCGGUUCCCUCAUGAGGCCUAUAGGACCAAAACCCAAACCUGCAGAGAGGUCCACAGAGAGGAGGACUGUAGCGCAGAGAAUCAACAGCAUCAUUGACCUCUCUUUGUUCAAGCAUCGUGGCUUUUUGCUUUAUAUCAUGGGCAAUAUUGUGAUGUUCUUUGGUCUCUUUGCACCACUGGUGUUCCUCAGUAAUUAUGCAAAGAGUAAAGACAUCCCUAAAGAGAAGGCAGCUUUCUUGCUGUCUGUGUUGGCUUUUGUUGACAUGUUUGCCCGGCCCUCAAUGGGCAUGGUGGCUAACACCAAGUGGGUCCGGCCCAGAAUACAGUACUUCUUUGCCGCCUCUGUGCUGUACAAUGGUGUUUGCCAUGUACUAGCACCUAUAUCAGUAGAUUACAAAGGCUUUGUGAUUUAUGCCAUCUUCUUUGGGUUUGCUUUUGGAUGGCUGAGCUCAGUGCUCUUUGAGACCUUGAUGGACCUGGUGGGAGCCCAGCGCUUCUCCAGUGCCGUUGGGCUGGUCACUAUUGUGGAGUGUGGUCCUGUAUUGUUGGGGCCCCCUUUGCUCGGGAAAUUCAAAGACAUCUAUCACGAUUACAAGUACACGUACCAGGGCUGUGGGAUCCUCCUCAUCGUCUCCAGUGUCUUCCUGUUUGCAGGCAUGGGACUCAACUAUCGACUGCUAGACAAAGAGAAAAAAGAGGAGGAGAGGAUGGCUAGGGUGGGAGGUAGAGAACAAAAAUCCAACAGGGCCAAUGCUGCCAAGGAGAUGGCAGAAGCUAGAAACUCAGAAGACACUGUCUAAUACUCUACUAUGUUAAGUUACAUUUUUGUUCAAUUUAUUUGAGGAUCAAAUAUCUGAAAAACAGAUACUUGAGUGAAACAGAACAGCAGAUGAACAUUUUUCUGUUUCAUAAUUAAUUGCUUUUGAAGACCACCACAGAAAUCAUAGCCUCAUAACCUCACUUGCAAUUCCACAUGAAAUAUUUACACACCAUUAAAGGGCUUUAAACUCUAAUGAACAAUCCACAUAAAAUACCUCUAAUAUUCUUAUAGCAACUGUUUAGCCUUUGUCACAUAUAUUGCUAGGAUAUUAUGGUAUGUUUGAAAUCUUAGUUUGUAUCACCAUAACCUCUUUGUAACCUAUUCUGCAGCACACCAUUUAUAGUAUUUUAACCUUCUAAAAUGUACAAUCAAGUUAUUUUUCGAUGAGGAACAUGCAAAGUGCUGCACUGUAUUUUUUCAAAGGAAUCUCAAAUGUUCUAUUUGAAAAUGCAUAAUUAUAGUGUUCACCUUUGCUUUUCUUGCCACAUGAUCUCUCAAACACAUUUAUAAGUACUUUUUCCUGGUUACCAGGACCUGAUACUAGACCACUGUUCAUUCAUACUAAUUAUCUACUUAUCUUUUAAGCAUUUUUCAAGUGCAUUAAACUUGUUGCAUAGUUUUGUGUAUUCACAUGAUGGGAAAAUGUGACAUUGUUUGCAAGUUACUGUAUAUGAAAAUCAUUGAGUUGAAUAAACCGUCAUUUGACAAGAACACAAAAGUCAACUCUUUGUUUCUAAGAUUUAAAAAAUGUUCUUUAGAGAUGCACUUACUGUUUUUCUUAAAAGCUGCUUUGGUAUCAUGUAGUGUAUCC